AUGGAUAAUUCAACUGAAAUAGUAUUUGUUCUACAAGGACUGAAUGAGACGAUGUCAACGAAACGCGCAUAUUUUGUCGUCACUCUUCUCGUUUACCUUUUUACUAUUUCAGUGAACCUGACUUUGAUUGUGACAAUUAUUUUGGAGAAAACGCUCCAUGAGCCGAUGCUUCUGUUUCUGUGUAACUUGUGUGUGAAUGGAAUAUUUGGUGCGUCUACAUUUUAUCCGAAAAUAUUGGUAGACCUUUUAGCUGACUUGAGAGUUAUUUCAUAUAUAGCUUGCCUGGUUCAAAUGUUUGUAAUAUACAGCUAUGUGUUCUGUGAAUUGACCACGUUGGCUGUGAUGGCUUAUGACAGGUAUGUCGCAAUAUGCAAGCCGCUGAAUUACCACUCCAUCAUCACGCCUUGGAAAGUGAUGAAAUUGUUACUUUUCACCUGGCUGUUAUCCCUCUGUGAAUCAGGUAUUGCGAUGGGCCUGGUCACCAGACUACCUCUAUGUGGAUUCAAAAUCGCAAAGAUGUACUGCACAAAUUGGGCGGUGGUAAAGUUGUCGUGUAUAGAUCCCACUGUCAACAACAUAUAUGGAUACAUUCUCAUGCUUUCUCACAUUUUACAAUCGGCGCUGAUCUUGAUUUCCUAUGUAAAUAUAAUCAAAGCAUCUGUUCGCUCGCAGGAAGAACGGAGUAAAUUCAUGCAGACUUGUUUGCCCCAUUUAAUCUCAUUGACGAACUUCUUGAUGGCAAUUGUUUUUGACAUUAUGUACGCUCGCUAUGGUUCCCACAGCCGUCUGCAGCCUCUCCGCAAUUUCCUGGCCUUGGAGUACCUCGUUGUUCCACCGAUCCUAAACCCUCUCAUCUAUGGCCUGAAACUGAACCAGAUCCGCAGGAUAAUCUUUAGAACUUGCAGCCGUAAAUCAGAUGCUCUUGAGUGA